AUGAAAACCCGAUGGAACCGCGUGCUAACUAUCACAUUGAUAGUAAUAUUGUAUACACCUGUGGUAACACCGAAAGCCAUCAUCGAUCAGAAAGCCAAAGAAACACAAAACACUAACGAUCCGACACCAGCUCACAAGCGCAUAGGAUAUGACUACCCAGCACCUGCAGAUCCCAUAGCAUUCGACGAUCACGAACAUAAGGUUCCAGAGUCGAUUCCGCUGCUUCAACAUGAAGCACACAUCGGUCAAUACGAUGACAAUCUGCACCAAAACUUUGACGAGUCACAUCAUCAUCAUCAUCACCUUGAAGAUCAGCAUGAUCCGGGCUAUUGGAAAAAAAAAUUAAUAUGGAAAGAGGGCUGGAAAAAGAUUUGGAAGCCUGGCAAAAAGCAAAUAUGGAAAUCGGACUUCAAAAAAAUUUGGAAACCGAUUUGGGUAUCAACGGAAAUACCUAUUUGGAAGGAUAUUCAAGUCCCUGCGUGGAAACAGAUUUGGAAACCCGUUUGGAAGGAAAUUCAAGUCCCGGCAUGGAAAGAAAUUCAGGUGGCUGACUGGAAGAAAAUUUGGAAACCGAUAUGGGUCCCUAUCAAGGUUCCCGCAUGGAAGGAUAUUCAAGUGGCUGCGUGGAAACAAAUUUGGAAACCCGUUUGGAAGGAAAUUCAAGUUGCAGAUUUUAAAAAUGUGCAGGUCCCCGCUUGGAAACAGUAUUGGUAUCCCGAAUGGGUGAAGAUAGGCAUACCGGGCGAAAAGUAUCUCGGAAAGGACGAACACGGUUGGGAGUACACGAGCCACGAUUUGUGGAAAAAGAAACUUGUAUGGAAAGCGGGAUGGAAAAAAAUCUGGAAAACCGAACAAAAGCAAAUUUGGCGCACAGACAAAAAGCUCGAAUGGAAAGCCGCAUGGAAGCAAAUUUGGCAUUCGGCCAAAAAACAAAUAUGGAUAGAAGAUAAAAAGCUUGCGUGGAAAGAAGCUUGGAAACAAAUUUGGAGAACGGAAAAGAAACAGAUAUGGGUGCCAGACAAAAAACUGGAAUGGAAGGCCGCUUGGGUACAAAUUUGGAAACCGAGUAAAAAACUAGCGUGGGUCCCAGACAAAAAACUUGAAUGGAAAGAAGCAUGGAAACAAAUUUGGGUCCCUGAUUAUAAAGAAAUAUGGCUCCCUGCGUGGAAAAAAAUCUGGAAGCCCGUGUGGAUAUCCGAGUGGUUCCCGUCACCAGACCAUCACGACCAUCACGAUCACCACCAAGUUCAUGAUUGGGACCGUAAAGAUACCUUCUUUGCAAGAAAAGAAGAAAAACUCAUAUUUAAAAGGAGCGAUCCUUCUAUUGAACACUCGAAAACUAUCGAGCAGACCUCCAGACCAUCGGAUGAUCCUGGAAAACCGGCUAUGGCCAAAACAGACGCAAUAGAAAAGACAUCCAACGUUGGAUUUUCUCCCUAA